AAAAUAAAAAACCGGUUGAGGAAGUCAGAGAAAUAUCAACUUAUCAACCAAAAUAUACCGAUGAGGAAGUUGCUAAACUAAAAGAGAUAUUUAUUGCCGAACAAAAAGAAGCAAUCAAAAAAUAUCAAAUCAAAGGAGAAAGUUAUGGACCCGGAAACGGACAAUCAAAUCUAAGCGAUGAUGAAAAAAAGGGAUUAGUCGUAGUUGGUGUUGGGGGAGCUGUAGCAUUGACUAUACUAACUGGUGGUGUAGCAGCACCAAUUGCUGUGAAAGGUGCUGAGGCCGUUAUCAAUUAUGCUAAUUCUCAGGGAGGAGGUGAAAGUAGUUCAAGUAGCAACAUGCAUAUGGGAAGUGGUAGUGUUGGUAGUAGAAAAACAGAGGUUUCUAAAACAAGUAGUCCAAUAUGGCAAGGUUUAAAACCUUUUCAUGGAGGAAUUAGAACCAAUGGAUUAUCUGGCUCAAAACGUUCCUAUUUUACCUGGGAUUAUACACAUAACCAUAUAGAAAAGUAUAAUCACCUUG